AUGUCCUACAACGAGCGCGCUGCUUUUCAGGCCGAGGUCGCCAGCGUCGAGCGAUGGUGGAAGGAGCCCCGCUUCGCAAAGGCGAAGCGGCCAUACACCGCCGCACAGGUCGUCUCGAAGCGCGGGACGCUCCCCAUCUCCUACCCCUCCGAUGUGCAGGGCAAGAAGCUCUGGGCUAUCCUUUCGGAGCGUUUCAAGCAGGGUACACCCUCACAUACCUAUGGAGCCCUGGAUCCAGUGCAGGUGACCCAGAUGGCCAAGUAUCUUGAGUCCGUUUACGUCUCCGGCUGGCAAUCUUCCAGCACGGCGUCCUCCACCAACGAGCCCGGUCCUGAUCUCGCAGAUUAUCCUUCAAACACUGUUCCGAACAAGGUCGAGCAUCUUUUCAUGGCUCAGCUGUUCCACGACCGCAAGCAGCGGGAGGCGCGUUCCAGCCUGACGGAGGAACAACUGGCAAAGACACCAUACAUUGACUAUCUUCGCCCUAUAGUCGCAGACGCAGACACUGGUCACGGUGGUCUCACAGCGACCAUGAAGCUUGCGAAGAUGUUCGUCGAGAAGGGUGCCGCUGGAAUCCACAUUGAGGAUCAGGCACCUGGUACGAAGAAGUGCGGGCACAUGGCUGGGAAAGUGCUUGUGCCCAUCUCGGAGCACAUAAACCGUCUGGUCGCGAUCCGUUUGCAGUUCGACAUCAUGGGCGUGAGCAACCUCGUCAUCGCGCGCACGGACUCGGAGGCGGCGACGCUCAUCACGACGAAUGUCGAUGAGCGCGAUCACCCCUUCAUUCUCGGGUCCACGAACUCGAGCCUUCCCCCGCUGGUUGCUGUGCUGAGCGAGGCCGAGCGCGCAGGCAAGACGGGCGAAGAACUUGAGGCAGUUGAGGAGCAGUGGAUGGCCGCCGCGCAGAUCCAGCUCUUCUCCACGACGCUCGCGAACGCACUCAAGGCGCAGACAAACGCAUCGCCGGCGACCCUCCAGCGCUUCGCGAGCCGCGUUGUGCACGUGUCGUACCCCACGGCCGUUGAGAUCGCUAAGAAGGAGUUCGGCUUGCGCACCGUGCCCCACUGGGACUGGGAUGCACCCCGCACGCGCGAGGGCUUCUACCGCUACCAGGGCGGCACCCAGUGCGCGAUCAACCGCGCGGUCGCGUUCGCGCCUUACGCCGACUUGCUGUGGAUGGAGACGAAGUCGCCGAUCCUUGCGCAGGCGAGGGAGUUCGCGGAGGGCGUGCACGCGGUGUACCCCCAGCAGUGGCUCGCGUACAACCUCAGCCCGUCAUUCAACUGGGACGCCGCGGGCCUAGGCCCGGACGAUAUGAAGAACUAUGUCUGGGAGCUCGGAAAGCUUGGAUUCGUGUGGCAGUUCAUUACGCUUGCUGGACUCCACUCGAACGCCUACAUCAGCGAUCUAUUCGCGCGGGCGUUCGCGACCGAGGGCAUGAAGGCCUACGUGGAGCUCAUUCAGCGCCGCGAGCGUGACAUUGGAUGUGAUGUGCUCACUCAUCAGAAGUGGAGCGGGGCAGACUACAUGGACAACCUCAUGAAGACCGUCACCGGAGGCGUGUCGUCCACCGCGGCUAUGGGCAAGGGCGUCACGGAGUCGCAGUUCGGUCAGGGCCCGAAGAGCAAACUGUGA